AUGAACAUGAGUGCGUGGCAGAUAGUGCAGCCGGGGGGCUUUGGGGCAUCGCUGGAGGACGAGCUGUUCGACGAACUCGACAGAGAAGAACAGGAGCACAGAAAGAAGCCACUCGAGAGUGACUCCGCCGACGACAGUGAAGAAGAAGAGGACGAAGUGGAAGAGGAAGAGGAAGAGGGUAAUAAGCAGCCAUGGACGCACCUGUGCGUGCUCGACUUUGAGGCAUGCCGAGAGGAGCUCGAGGGGGGUGAGUGGGUCUACGAGAUCACCGAGCUGCCGGUCACCCUGCUCAACUGCACCACGCUCAAGGUGGAGGACAGGUUUCAUCGGUACUGCCGGCCCGAGAGGAUCACGCCCGCCGUGCUGCAGCGUUACGUCGAUCGCAAGUACGGAGACAUGGGCCAGGCCGAAUCGUGGCACGAAGGUGCGGUGAGCCUGCAGACGGCACUACACGACCUGGAGCGAUGGCUGCGAGAGAAGGACCUUCUCCUGGGCGACAAUGCAGAUGAGCAGCCGGCCAAGUUCGCCUUCAUAACGUGUGGCGACUGGGACUUCAAGAACGCGCUGCCGCGGAUUGCGACCUGCUGGGCCUGCCCGAUCAAUGUCAAGACCGUUUACCAGAAGUUCUACAAGACCAGAAGGCCACCUGCAGGUAUGUAG